AGUUUGUAUUGGAACGAUGUACAAGGAAUUGUAUGAAAUCCCACCUUCUCGCCGUUCUCGUGGAAAGAAAGAGUGCAGGCCCUUUUUUUUCUUAUUUACUUAUUUAAUUACAACAUCGCCGUGAGAACACAUGGGGGGCAUGUUUUGUACCCAGCCAUAUCAUCGUGUUCGUUCCCUGCCCAGCCAGCUGGGCAACCCGUCAUCAGUCAUCCGUCAUCCAUCGUUGAUCACAUUUUUUCUCGCCAGGGGGCCAUGUCAACGGCUCUCUGUCCAACAAGUGCCGAUGCGCGUGCGCGCCGCGCGGGGUUCUUUCGGUGACGCCGAAGGGGGGGGGGGAGCCUGCGUCGGGAGCCGCGCUAGUAAAUGUCCCGGGCAGGGCCGCACAAGGCGGCGGUUUUUGCGAGGCCUUCACUGGUCCUCCCCUGUCCCUUGCCGGAGAUACUUCCCACUGAUGUGUAUCCUCAUCAUCGUCAUUAUUAUCAUCAUUAUCAUUAUCAAAAACCAGGAGAGGGUUCUUCGGUCCUCUCUCUCAGCCCGCCAGAAGAACGGCGGCCAGGCCGACGACGAGCAUCCAUGUCCCCGUCCGCCGACCCGGGGAGGAGGACCCGGCGGCGGCGGCGUUGUUGGCUGGCGCGACCAUGAUGGGCCUGUGCCAGCCGCAGUGGACCGAGGCCUCCUGCGUCACGCAGGAGUAGUAGGUCGUCUGGUAGUACCCCAUCUCGGCGAGGUUCGGCUCCGGGCGCGGGGUGACGCCGGGGGCGGGCGGGAGGAGGGAGGCGUAGUCCCGGGGGCCGGAGUCCGCGGGCGUCUCGACGGCGGCGGCUGCGGCUGCGAUGGCGACGGCGGGGACGGCGAGAGACGCGGAGGCGGAGGCGGAAGUCGGCGUGACGGCGGGGUCUUGGGGAGGCCUGCGGUGGAACCGGGCCGGGUCCAGACGGAGCGGCCUGCGGGAGGCGGCGUCGGCGCAGGGGACGGUGGAGUUUGCGGCGGGGGACGAGGAGUUCGUCGAGAGGCGACCUUGGCGGGGCAGGGUCGAGUAGAUUGGGGUCGGGGCCGGGGCCGGGCCGGGGCCCGUGGGGGCGGCCUCCGUCGCGACCGGUGCGGCGGUCGGGAGGAACGGUUCGGCUGGCGGCCGCAGGAACGGCGAGCCGGGCGAGUCUGACGGAUCCGUGCAGGUGGGCGGCGGAGCUGUCGGUGUGGCUGGCGCCGCCGGGAGGGCGGCGGCCGAGGAGGCGAAGAGGAUGAGGAGGAACGAGAGAGGGCGGCGCAUGUUGGCUUGCAAUUUUGGUGACGGGCGUUGAUGGGGUUUUAGGGGGGGCGCGGUUAGCCUGUGAGGGUAAGAUGGUGUUUAUGAACCGGUAGCUGAGUAGUGAGACCGGCUCUUGAGAGUUUUUCUCAGUGUCAAGUUAAAUCACACAGAG